CAUUGAAGUUUUGGGAGCCAUCAACCUCGACCAUACGACUCGCCCAUUUAUCUGGUCCUGCAAUUGUCUGCCGACGACUCGCGAUGCUAACAAGGUAGCACGCCAGCCUCAUUUUCUUUCCCUCCAUCCUCGUUUCCCGCCUCCCACCAUGUCCCGCACCUCCAAGCUCACCCUCAUGGGCACAUCGCUGUUCGCCUUCAGCACCAUCGUCAUCGUGCACUUCCAGCAGAAGGCCGAGAAAGCCGCGAUGCACCAGGGCGUGAUCCGCGACAUGGAGCAGCGCCGGAUCAAGCAGGAGCGGCAGCUCGACUUUGACAUGCAGCGCGAGCUAGAGGAGGAGUACAAGAAGGUUCAAACGGUGAGAGACUCGACGACGGAUAUGGACGACGCCGGAGCCGCGCGAGGUGGAGUAGGAGGAGGAGGUAGUGGCGGUGGUGGAGGAGGAGUGAGGUAGCAUGCAGCUCUCUUCUGGAGGUGGGCGGCAGCGCGAGGGGCCAUUUGGGGAGGGCGAGGAUCGUCUCAUCCAUCCAAACAAUUGGAGUCGAUGGUAUGAUGGGGAUGGAUAUGGCCCCCAUGGCACGCACCCCUUCAACAAGCCGCCGCAUGUCUUGCCCUGGUGCGCGGCAGAAACGGCAUCAGCUUUACCUGCCGAGAGGCCGAAGAGUCUGAUCUCACGGAUCAUAUACGACCUUGCUAGUCUUGCUGGUCGUCCGAGUAAGAUACGUGUAACCACCAUGUAAAAAAGGCGUCCAUUCUGGCUGUCGUCAAUCUAUUUAUUAUCUAUAGUACAUACAAUAUGAAGACUCUUCACUCCGCCUUAGAUAUCGAA